GAGAGAGGGGCGGCUUGCGCUCUCGAGGGCGGAAGUGCGCCAUGUCUGAGACGGAAGUGACGCCGAGGCGCGGCCGCCGCCUGAGGGGAGGCAGUUGUGGCCGCGGGAGGAUGCCGGUGGCGGUGAUGGCGGAGGGCGGUUUCGGCUUCAGGAAGCUGCUGGAGCAGUGCGAGACUCAGGAGCUGGAGGCUCCUGGAGGAAUCGCAACACCUCUUGUUUAUGGCCAACUUCUAGCUUUAUACCUGUUGUAUAAUGACAUGAACAAUGCACGGUACCUUUGGAAAAGAAUCCCUCCUGCUAUCAAAUCUGCAAAUGCUGAGCUUGGUGCAGUUUGGUCGGUAGGACAAAGAAUCUGGCAAAGAGACUUCCCAGGAAUCUAUACAACAAUCAGUGCACAUCAGUGGUCUGAGACUGUUCAACCCAUCAUGGAAGCACUCAGAGAUGCAACUAGGAGGCGAGCUUUUGGACUGGUUUCUCAGGCAUAUACCUCAAUAGUCGCAGAUGAUUUCGCAGCCUUUGUUGGGCUCCCUGUAGAAGAAGCUGUGAAAGGUGUAUUAGAACAGGGCUGGCAAGCAGACUUCUCCACCCGUAUGGUAAUGCCUAAAAAGCCAGGUGUACUGGAAGCUUCCUUUAACAGAUUUAUUCCUUCAUCAGAACCUGCUCCAGUUCCACCAAUUCCAAAUGAGCAGCAGCUGGCCAGAUUGACUGACUAUGUGGCUUUCCUUGAAAAUUGAUGAACCUGCUUCUUUAGCGCGAUUUGGGAAUCCUGUGUACUGACAGUUCUAGAAAUCUAAGACCUAUUUUGAAUUUGUUCAAUGUUGCAGCAUCCCCUUUCAAACGUGUAAAGUAUACAGUGUAUGUUAUCCUAGUUUGUUUUGCCAAAGCCAAGCUAGCAAUUGAAACAAUCCUUUAACUUGUUUAGUAGGUACACAGCAGUAUUACACAGUAGGUUUUUUAUUUUUACUGACUUGUAGCCAAGAGAUGCAGAACCUUUUUUCAGGUGUAUCAAAAGUGAAGAAAACAUUGAGUAAUGAGACAGGUUAGUGGUAUUAGGGGGUUGGUGUUACGUGGUUACAUCCUUCUGUGGUGAGCACUGCAGUGCUUAGUGCAGGUCAGGAGAUGUUCAUCUAAAGUGCUAAGUGACAGACUGCUCUACCUGCAUCUGUAGAGAAUGUUUUGAUGAAACAGUAACAAAGCAACUUACAGUAACUUUUUUGGAUGUCUUUGACAAUUUUCUUAUGGUUGGUCUAUUUUUUUUCCGUGUUGGUCUCAGUAGUUUGAGUCUUUCUUGUUUUGAUUGAGAUUUCACAUUGGGCGUAUUUUUAUGGCAGAAUGAUUGGAGCCUUUUAAGGAAAGGCAAAGGUUUGCUUUGAGGAAUAAAUGUUUUAUUUCUGAAGGCUUUAUUUUGCAGUACACAUAGGACACUAGGUAUUUUGCUUGGAAACCAUAUACCUUCUCAAAGCCUGUCAUGGUGUGGUUCUUUCCAGUACAGAGAACCUGGAUCUGCUACGAACAGCUCUCACCUGCCUUUAAGCUUACUUUUCUGAAUUACUUCUGCAGUUAUGGAAAGGACUUUAAAAAAAAAAUCAGCUACCUAAAUCAGAUCAGUUUCCCUGAGUGGAGAGGCCAGUCAGGAGAAGGAGAACUUUGUGCUGCAAUGUCAGUUUGAGGAAUAAAUUUCCUAUACCAGAGCACUGCUUAAGAUGAGAGUGGAUUUUAGAAACAAAAAGAUGAGUUGCAUUCCCAGGCUUUUUACUGUUCUUAUGAUGGUAAAGACUGUGGAAAAUAGUGGUGCUUGGAAGGGCAGUGCAUGCCAUCACUCACUUCUAAUCCCCCUUUUUCAACAUCAUGUUUAGUGGUCUGUUGAUGUCAGGUGUGCUCUGUUAGGAUUGUUUUUCCAGUGUGCACUACCUACUGUACAUUCUCUUGUUGGGGGGAUGUGUUAGCAGGGAGGAAUUCUAAACUGUGCACUGCUGCUUUGAGAGCUCCCUUUAUAUGUAAACAUUUAGUCAAAAUGAUUAUUUAUUUGAAACUAACCUAGGACCUGGAUUGCUAAAUAUGAUGCAAACUUAUCUUCAGUGAUAUUAAAGAACAUGUUUACACUGA